UGUAAUGCCAAGUUCCUGACUGGUUUUCUGAGGUCUAGGGUGAACUCACAACCAGGGAUUAAACUGGUGCAGUUGCAGAGGAUAGUUAGAGAAGAGUUGAACAUUUAUGUGGGUAUGUCAACAGUGAGGAGGGCUAGGAUUAACAUUUUACAGGAAGCAAUGGGAGACCCUGUAAUUGAAUAUGCCAUGUUGCAGGAUUAUGUAGAUGAAAUUAAUAGGAGUAACCCAGGAAGUACAUGUUUUGUGGAUGUCAAUCACAAUAAUGAUGGGACUAGGACCUUUGUGAGGUUUUAUAUGUGUUUGCAUGCACUUAAGGAAGGGUUUAAGGAAGGCUGUAGGAAGGUGAUUGGAUUGGAUGGCUGCUUUCUAAAGGGCCCUUGUCAGGGACAGCUCCUGGUUGCUGUCUCUAAAGAUGCAAAUAACCAGAUGUUCCCCAUUGCCUGGGCAAUUGUGGACCUGGAGAACACAAGAUCAUGGAGUUGGUUCAUAAAUGUCCUCAAAAAUUAUUUGGAUCUUGGACUUGGUGAUGGACUGGUUCUUGUUUCAGACAUGCAAAAGGGACUUAUUGCUGUUGUGGAUCAGGAGUUGCCUGAAUGUCAGAGGAGGUGGUGUGCUAGACAUAUUUGGGCAGCAUGGCAGAAAAAAUGGAAAGGAGAUGACAGAAGGAAGAAGUUUUGGCAAUGUGCAUACUCCACAUUUGAAGGACAACUCACUGAUCAUUUGAAGGAGUUGGACACUAUGGGAGAGAACAUUGUGCAGGACAUGCUGUCAUACUCAAAGGAGUUGUGGAUUAGAGUUUUUUUUGACACUGACACCAAGUGUGACAUUGUGGAGAACAACAUGUGUGAAACAUUUAAUGGAUGGAUUUUACAAGCUAGGCAUUUAACUGUGAUCACUAUGUUGGAAGAGAUUAGAGUGAAAAUCAUGAAUAGGAUUAGGGUCAUGAGAGAGUUUGCUGAGACAUGGAUUACAGACAUCUCACCAAUGGCUCAGAAGAAGUUAGAUGAGAAUAAAUUAAGAGCUUGUGAUUGCAUGAUAGAGUUCAAUGGUGAUCAAGGGUUUGAGGUGCUGGAUAUGGGAUUUGGACACACUAUUGACCUGGCACAGCAUACAUGUAGCUGCAGGUCAUGGCAACUUAAAGGCAUACCAUGUGCACAUGCCUGUUGUGCCAUGGCCCGCUUGAAGAAGAACCCUGACCACUAUGUCUCUCACUGGUAUUCCAAAGAGACAUACCUGAAGUCAUAUGCCAAGUUCAUCCAACCAGUGAGAGGAAGGAAGCUUUGGCCGCAGUUAAAUUACCCCACAAUCCUACCUCCAGUGAUCGCAAAGAAGCCAGGCAGACCCAAGAAGAAUAGAAGAAAAGACAAGGAUGAACCACAGAAGCCCACUUUUGGCAAGUUAUCAAAGAAAGGGGUGGGGAUGACUUGCACUCUUUGCAAAGGACAAGGACACAACAAGAAGAGCUGCAAUUUAAGAUCAAGAGGGAGUGCACAGGCCAGUGUUAAUGUUGCACCUCCUUCUGGAGCAGUUUCCUCUACUGCACCCCCUAGGACAACUGCACCUGAACUGACUAGGCAAGUUAACUGCACUGCACCUCCUAGGAUAGUUAUACCUGCACCUUCUAGGAUAGUUACACCUGCACCUCCCCCAGUAGACCAAAUACUAGGAGUACUGCUUCUGCUGCGACAGAAAAUUCAGGUGGUGCAUCAAGUAGUACAGUUAGGGGAAGAGAGAUAUGCUGCUCCAACUCAGGCUUCUAAUGCCAAGAAAAGACUUGUAGGUUUUGGUUUGCAUCAUUUGGAUAAUGGUCUGACAAUUUCAAAUAUUGGAACACCUAGUGCAAGGAUUGUUAAUCCUAAACAGAUUCGCAGAUCUGCAGAUGUCACUGGAGACAUAGAUUUCAAACCUCCUGGCUUAAGGUGGAGUGGUCGAAAUGCAGUGAGUUCGAACAAGCUACAGCAAGACAGGGAUGCUAUUAGAAUGAAUAGGCUUAGGGCAAUUCAGCAAGCCUCCCAAGUUCUACAAGCAAACUUUUUUACUAUUAGUAUCAGGCUUGUUUCCAAGCUUCUUUUGGAUAGUACUAUUAGGCUUCUUUGCAAGCUUCUUUUGAAUUUUUUAUUUGUAAAUAGCACACUGAUAGAGAUUUCAGAUACAAUCUAA